CCUCCUCCCAAUCUCUCCACUCUCCGGCUCUCUUCCCUCCCUCCUCCCCCCUCCACCCUCUGGGCCGGAUCUCGUCUCGCUGAGGCGGAGGAGGAGAAGGAGGAGGAGGAGGACGUUCGGCCUGCGCAGUGAGAUGUUUGUCCGUCGCCGCCGCCGCCGCCAUCGCGGAGGAGCGCGAUAAAGGGAGCUGAGCCGGGCGUGAGGGGCAUCCCGUGGAGUCGCCGCGCCAGCGCAGCCCCCCUGCCAAGCCCGAGCCGCCGGAACCCGAGCCGCCGCCGCCACCGCCGCGGCCGCCCAGGGGCCGGCCAGCUCCCCAGCCCAGCCCGGGGGCCGCGCCGCCGCCCCCAGCGUCGCCCCUCGCCUGCCCGCCCGCCCGCCUUAAAUGUGACACCGGCGCCUCGGAGUGCGACCCGAAGCAGCCGCCGGGGAGGGGACGAGCACCAUGUCGAAUCUGAGCAAAGGCACGGGCAGCCGGAAGGACACCAAGAUGCGGAUCCGGGCCUUUCCGAUGACCAUGGAUGAAAAAUAUGUAAACAGCAUUUGGGACCUUCUGAAAAAUGCAAUUCAAGAAAUCCAGCGUAAGAAUAACAGUGGUCUUAGUUUUGAGGAGCUCUAUAGAAAUGCAUAUACAAUGGUUUUGCAUAAACAUGGAGAAAAGCUCUACACUGGACUAAGAGAAGUUGUUACCGAACAUCUCAUAAAUAAGGUGCGAGAAGAUGUACUAAAUUCAUUGAAUAACAACUUUCUUCAAACACUAAAUCAAGCUUGGAACGAUCAUCAGACAGCUAUGGUGAUGAUUAGAGACAUACUAAUGUAUAUGGACCGUGUGUACGUACAACAAAAUAAUGUGGAGAAUGUCUACAAUUUGGGAUUAAUUAUUUUUCGAGAUCAAGUUGUACGUUAUGGGUGUAUUAGGGAUCACCUACGACAAACGUUGUUGGAUAUGAUUGCCAGAGAGCGGAAAGGAGAAGUUGUAGACCGAGGCGCAAUAAGAAAUGCUUGCCAGAUGUUAAUGAUUUUAGGUCUCGAAGGACGAUCAGUCUAUGAAGAAGAUUUUGAGGCUCCUUUUUUGGAAAUGUCUGCAGAGUUUUUUCAGAUGGAAAGCCAGAAAUUUUUAGCAGAAAACAGUGCUUCAGUAUAUAUAAAGAAAGUAGAAGCUAGAAUUAAUGAAGAAAUAGAACGGGUGAUGCACUGCCUUGACAAAUCAACUGAAGAGCCAAUUGUAAAGGUGGUUGAGAGGGAACUCAUUUCCAAGCACAUGAAAACUAUAGUAGAAAUGGAGAAUUCGGGGCUAGUACAUAUGUUGAAAAACGGAAAGACAGAAGACCUUGCUUGCAUGUACAAGUUAUUUAGUCGUGUGCCAAAUGGUUUGAAAACGAUGUGUGAGUGUAUGAGUUCCUAUUUGAGGGAACAAGGUAAAGCCCUUGUUUCUGAGGAAGGAGAAGGAAAGAAUCCCGUUGACUAUAUCCAGGGCUUAUUGGAUCUGAAGAGUAGGUUUGAUCGCUUCCUCCAGGAAUCGUUUAAUAACGACCGGCUCUUUAAACAAACUAUUGCGGGUGACUUUGAGUAUUUUCUCAACCUCAACUCCAGGUCCCCUGAAUACCUCUCAUUAUUUAUUGAUGAUAAGCUGAAAAAGGGAGUCAAAGGGCUAACAGAACAAGAAGUAGAAACAAUAUUGGAUAAGGCAAUGGUCCUUUUUAGGUUUAUGCAAGAAAAAGAUGUAUUUGAACGUUAUUAUAAACAACACUUGGCAAGGAGACUUCUCACAAAUAAAAGUGUUUCUGAUGACUCUGAAAAAAAUAUGAUUUCUAAGUUAAAGACUGAAUGUGGAUGUCAAUUCACAUCAAAACUGGAAGGAAUGUUUAGGGAUAUGAGCAUCUCAAACACAACUAUGGAUGAGUUCAGGCAACAUCUACAGGCAACUGGGGUAUCUUUAGGUGGUGUUGAUCUCACAGUUCGGGUGCUCACAACAGGUUAUUGGCCCACUCAGUCAGCCACACCAAAGUGCAACAUCCCACCAGCACCAAGACAUGCUUUUGAGAUAUUCAGAAGGUUUUACUUAGCCAAACACAGUGGUCGACAGCUCACACUCCAACAUCAUAUGGGUUCUGCAGAUCUCAAUGCCACCUUUUAUGGACCAGUUAAAAAGGAGGAUGGAUCUGAAGUUGGUGUUGGAGGGGCACAAGUAACUGGCUCUAAUACGCGGAAGCAUAUAUUGCAAGUCUCCACUUUCCAGAUGACCAUAUUAAUGCUCUUCAAUAAUAGAGAAAAAUACACGUUUGAGGAAAUCCAACAAGAGACAGAUAUCCCUGAAAGAGAACUUGUUAGAGCCCUGCAGUCCCUCGCCUGUGGUAAACCAACACAGCGGGUUCUCACAAAGGAACCCAAGUCCAAGGAAAUAGAAAAUGGUCACAUAUUUACAGUUAAUGAUCAGUUCACAUCCAAACUACACAGAGUCAAGAUUCAAACAGUUGCUGCCAAACAAGGUGAAUCUGACCCAGAAAGGAAAGAAACAAGGCAGAAAGUAGAUGACGACAGAAAACAUGAGAUAGAAGCUGCUAUAGUGCGGAUAAUGAAAUCUAGGAAGAAGAUGCAGCACAAUGUGUUAGUAGCAGAGGUAACUCAGCAGUUGAAGGCUCGAUUCUUACCAAGUCCAGUUGUUAUUAAAAAACGUAUCGAAGGACUUAUUGAGAGAGAAUAUUUGGCACGAACACCUGAGGAUCGCAAAGUAUACACAUAUGUAGCAUAAAAUGCAUUCAGAAACUUGAUUUAUUAUUGGACUGUACUCUUCGCAUGGACUGGGAAGUUCUUUUAAAUCAUUAAAUAUUAAGACGACCAUCUCUUCUAUUAAAUUACAGUACAUGUUCUAGACCAUUCAGAUCAAGCCUUUACUCCCUUUGAGAGUUUUCAACAUCAAUUGAUUGAGCUUCAGGCUUUACAACGUUUAUCCCUGUAGAGAUCAUCUUUACAGUUCCUCGGGAAAAUGUGAAUGUGCCGCGUUUUGUUUUCAAUACUGUAUGAAAACAGGAAAAAAUAAAACAAAAUUUAGAAAAUACAGCUCAUUAAAAUAAAAUUGUUGGAUUUCAUUUCCCCAGGU